CUCAGUCUGUGAGAGCAGUAAGAUGGCAGAGGUCAGUAUUUUAGAUCAGGAUCAGUUCAGCUGUUCAGUCUGUCUGGAUCUACUGAAGAAUCCAGUAACUAUUCCCUGUGGACACAGUUACUGUAUGGUGUGUAUUUACAGACACUGGGAUCAGGAGGAUCAGAGGGGGGUCUACAGCUGCCCCCAGUGCAGAGAGACGUUCACUCCGAGGCCUGUUCUACGCAGAAACAACAUGCUGGCUGAAGUGGUGGAGAAACUGAAGAAGACAGAAGUCCGAGCUGCUUCUCCUGCUCACUGUUACGCUGGAGCUGGAGAUGUGGAGUGUGAUUUCUGUACUGGGAGGAAACGUAAAGCUACGUUGUCCUGUCUGACGUGUCAGGCCUCUUACUGUAAGACUCAUCUACAAGCUCACUAUGAAGUUCCUGCAUUAAAAAAGCACAAGAUGAUCACAGUCUCCAAACAGCUACAGGAGAAGAUCUGCUCUCAGCAUGAUAAACUGAUGGAGAUCUACUGUCGUACUGAUCAGAGCUGCAUCUGUUAUUUGUGUACGAUGGAUGAACACAAAGGUCAUGAUUCAGUUGCAGCUUCAGCUGAAAGAAUAAAAAAACAGCCACAACUAAAGAACAUGCUGACAGAUUUCCAGCAGAGAAUCCAGAGGAAAGAGAAGAAGCUGCAGGAGGUGAAACAGGCUGUGGAAAGUCUUAAACUCUCUGCACAGUCAGCAGUGGAGGACAGUGAGAGGAUCUUUACUGAGCUGAUCCGCUCCAUUGAGAAAAAGCGCUCUGAGGUAACAGAGCUGAUCAGAGAUCAGGAGAAGACUGAACUGAGUGCAGCUGAAGAACUCCUGGAGCAGCUGGAGCAGGAGAUCACUGAUCUAAAGAGGAGAAACACUGAGCUGGAGCAGCUUUCACACACAGAGGAUCACAUCCACUUCCUCCAGAGCUUCAAGUCUGUGAGUGUCUCUUCUGAAGAUGAAGAUUCACCCAGCAUCACUGUCCAUCAUCAUCAUCUCUCAUUUGAUGGAGUGAGGAAAUCUCUCUCUGAUCUGAAAGAGCGACUGGAGGAAUUCUGCAGGAAGGAAAUCAGUGAAAUCUCUGAUCAGGUUUCAGAACUUUGGAUGAUUUUACCAUCAGAGCCAAAGAGCAGAGAAGACUUUAUGCAGUAUUUCCGUCACCUGACUCUGGAUCCCAACACCGUAAAUCAGUUCCUCAGUCUGUCUGAGAACAACAGAUUGGUGCAGAACAGUAGAAAAGUGCAGCCGUACUCUGAUCAUGCAGAGAGAUUUGACUACUGGAAGCAGGUGUUGAGUAAGGAGAGUGUGAGUGGACGCUGUUACUGGGAGGUUCAAUGGAGCAGUAAGGGACAUGAGGUCUCCAUAUCAGUCUCAUAUAAAGGAAUCACCCGAAAAGGACGGAAUAAAGAGUGUUUGUUUGGACACAAUGAUCAGUCCUGGAGUCUGCAGUGUUUUCCCUCUCUCUCUUUCUGUCACAACAACACUGAGACUAAGAUCUCAGCUCCUCCAUCCUCCAGAAUAGGAGUGUAUGUGGAUCACAGAGCAGUAACUCUGUCCUUCUACAGCGUCUCUGAUACAAUGACCCUCCUACACACAGUCCACACCACAUUCACUCAGCCCCUCUACGCUGGAUUUGGAGUGGAUUCAGGAUCAUCUGUGAAGUUAAGUGAUGAAGAUGAUGUUGGUUUAUCUGGACGUUAAGAAGCAUUAGUGUUUCCUCGUUCAUAAACACGGACUAUUGGUCUAGUUUACUGUUUGUGUGCAUUACUGUACUUUUCUCUCAUUUGAAUUAAUUAUAGUGUUUUAAAUCAUUAGUGUCUCAUAACCCAUAAACCAACCCAACUAACUAACAGGA